AUGAUUCGACCUGCGCAGAUCUAUCAGGAGGCCAAACCUCCACAGGUCCUUAUUGACCUGACGAAACCUUCGAACGCCUCUCUCCCUCCUCAAUCUCUCUCCAAACACGUCCGAGGUUCAGAAAUGUUUGAAGACGAGACGCCCAUUGCGUACAGCCCAAGCCCAAGCAGCGAGCCCGAACCGGGCAUCGCACUUCAUGGUAUCAUUGCCAACAGUCAAAUGACGCAAGACUUGGAACAAGUGAUAUCUCGGAUCAACGACUUCGUCCUAGGAGCCAAGUGCCGGGCUCUUGUGUUGGGCUUUUGGGCUGCCGUGACCUCCGUCACCAAGCCUCCACCGACGCCAUCAGCACGACGCCGUCACAUACUUGUAUUACCUCGUAUACAUCCACGCCAUUUGGAUGCCAUCUUCGCCGGAGUCACCUUCCCCGGCUCCCAGUCCCCGGGAGGAGGCACCCAAGAGACCGCUGCUCCUGAUGUCCGUCCUUCCAUCGGAGUUGAAAUGAGUCCAUCGAUGGAGGCGCACCAAAUGGCCAAGAUUCGAAACAACGGUCACCACGGGCACCAGGCCCGCCCUGGCCAAAGUUCUCGCACCUCGACCGCCUCUUCGGUCACCUCCAUCACAUCCGCCGCAACCACCAAGACCUCAAGAACAUCGCCGUCACAGCCCAGGUUGGGUUUUGCACUGCCCGUCUACGGCCAAAUCAUGUUGGUCUGGCUUUUGGGUCUUCGCCUCAGCGCGGCGUCCAAAGCAAUUGCUAAAACUCUCCUCCUCCAACCUACGACCAGAUCAUGCGGUCUUGCUUCGGGGUUGUUGCACGUUUGGGGCGAGUCUGGCAACAUCAAAGGCGUCAUGAAGUAUCUGACCAAAAGAGGGGGGACCGCACCUAAGUUCCCUCCAUCGUUUUGUCUGCGAAGAUACCUGUUUCCUGCGCAACUGGCUGUUUGUGCAGGACAUGCUCUUUCGGAUCUCCUGGGUCUCCCGCUCGCCCAUCAGGACCAGAAUGCGCAGCACUUCAACCAGCAGGUCAUAGCUGCACAACUACCCCCCGAGCCAGCCCCGGUGGUGCCUCAUCAUGAUGAACAUUUUGAGACACAGGUCGUUAAUGGCCUCCCCACGCCAGUCCUCGUACCCCAUCAUCACGAGCAUCACGAGGCACAAAUCGUGAUGGGGCUGCUCACGCCAGCACCAGAGGCCGAGCUGGCGCUGCACUUACCAGUUGUCCCAAACGAUGGGUUUGCUUUGCCUCCGCCUGCGCUGCAGCCGCGAAGAUCACCAGGCUACCAAGCCCAAGACGAGAAGUUGUGA